GUGAAAUUCUGAUUGAAACAGAUUGUAGCAAGCACUCUCCGACCUGGGUUGCAAUGGCAACUGACUGGAUGGAAUAUCAACAGCAACUUUUGUCCUAUUUUUUAAGGAAUUAACGAGGUUUUACACUGAUACCUUGAGCAAAUUAUUUCUAAUGUGAGAAACAAAGUUAUACAAUUUAAGUUCCGAAAAUGUCCCAGGGAUGUACAAUUUCUGUGGAAGAGAUCCAGUCUUGGUGGGAAGUCCCCGCCAUAGCUCAUUUCUGUUCGCUGUUCAGGACGGCAUUCAACCUACCAGACUUUGAAAUAGAGGAGCUGGAAGAGGCGCUACAGAAGCAGGACAUAGACUUUCUGGCUGACCUCCUCGUCUCACUGCUGCAAGGAUGCUACCAGCGCACAGACAUCACCCCCCAGGCAUUCAGCGAUUACCUGGACGACAUCAUCAACUACCGCUGGGAGUUGGAGGAGGGGAAGCCUAACCCCCUGCGCCAGGGGCCCUUUGAGGAGCUGGCCCCACGCACGCAGGUAGAACUGCUGCACAGGCUGUGUGACUACCGCCUGGACGCUGCCGAUGUCUUCGACCUGCUCAAGGGUUUGGAUGCGGACAGCCUGCGCGUGGAGCCGUUGGGUCAAGAUGGGAACGGUACCCUCUACUGGUACUUCUAUGGUACCCGCAUGUACAAAGAGGAGCCGGUCAAGCGGAAAGCAGAGCAGCUCCGUGAAGCCCUUGUGAUCAAACCAGCAGAGAAGAGGAAAAGAGGAAGACCACCAAAGAAGAAAGUGGAGGAGAUCCAGCUAAGUGAGGUGGAGAGCGAAGUGAAGAAGGAGAAUGGACUGGAAGGUCUGCACUCAGGCACAGACCGUGAGCGUGGCGCCUGGUCCCUGGUGUGUGACACAGAGGAGCAGUGGGCCAGUCUGGCUGAGAGCAUCAAGGACAAAACGUCCCCCCAGGACCGCCACCUCUACCGCAUCAUCAGCCAGAACUUCCUCCCUGAGAUCAGCAGCAUGAUCGAGCUCAAGGAGAAUGAGCAGAAGCAGAGGCUGCUGAACCCCACCCCAGUACGCAGCUCUUACCGGCUCUCUGAGAAACGCAUGAGCCAAGAGGAGGAGGACACGCUGCAGGCCAUAGCCGACGUGGAGCAGCAGAAACAGAGGGAUGUGGACAUGGACAGGCAGGCCCUGCUGGCCGAGCAGAAACGAGAGGAGGAGAUGCUGCUUCAGGAGGAGCGUCAGAGAGAGGAGCAGGAGAGAGUCAAAGCUGUGGAGGAGCGAGCGCGGCGGCGGAAGCUGCGUGAGGAGAAGGCCUGGUUGAUAUCCCAGGGGAAGGACCUGCCCCCCGAACUGCUGCACCUGGAGCCCCACUCACCCAUCCAACGCGCCCGCAGGACGAAAGCGUUCUAUGAAAUUGAUGAUGAUUAUACGGCGUUGUACAAAGUGUUGGAGGCCCUGAAAGCCCACAAAGACUCCUGGCCCUUCUUGGAGCCUGUGGAUGAAUCUUAUGCCCCCAACUAUAAUGAGAUCAUUCAGACUCCGAUGGACCUGUCCACCAUCGAGAGGAAGCUGAAUGAAGGAGAGUACAUCGCCAAGGAGGAGUUUGUGUCCGACGUGAAGCUCAUGUUUGAGAAUUGCAUUGAGUACAAUGGGGAAGACAGUGAGUACAGCAUCAUGGCGGAGUCCCUGGAGCGCUGUUUCAGCCGAGCCCUGCUCAAGCAUUUGCCGUCGGAGGACGGUGACACGGACGAAGAGUUCCACGUGUGUGGUGAGGACCGUGAGAGAGACCGCAAGGAGAAGAGGCGGAGCAAAGGCCCCAAACAGGCGGGGCCAGAGCGCUUGGGCCGAGCCUCUGAGCAUGCCUCGCGCAAACGGACACAUCCAGGGGGCAAGGGCAGCACCGCCAUGGAGGAGGGGAACAAGGUGGCCCAGCCUCCCCCUCCCACCCACUGGGCCAACAGACACCCAUACCCUCACAGCAUGCCCCAUGGACAACCCCACCCUGGGAAUCUAUACCACCCAGCACAGCAGCAGCUCCAGCACCCCCCUGGUCCCCACGGUCCACACAUGUAUGGUCCGAGGAUGGCCAUGGACCCCCGCUACGCCUACCCUCACCCUGGACAGGGACACAUGCCCCGGCCUGGAGACCCCAAUGCUCACCACAUGCCUCAACAUUACAACAUGCAGUCACACCUGGGGGAUGGUCACCACAUUGGCCCUAGAUACCAGGUGGGGCCUGAUGGCCGGCCUCUCCAUCCCCAGCACCACCAGCAGCAGCACCCCUACAUGGGUCCCACCCACGGCCCCUCACUGGGUCCCCGCCCUGUGGCCCUCCAGUCUGGGGGCCUCUGCACCCCCACGCCCGAAGGCAACAUGUACCCGUCCCGCCAGCGCACCGACGGCCACCCCAUGCACCCCGGCGGGAACCGUUACCCCGGGCCUGACGUCCCACCACAACACAACUACCCUGCCUUCCGUCCAGGCAUGGGCGUGCCUCCUAGCAUGUGGUCAGGGAUGAACCACCAAGGCCAGCAGAGGCCCAGUGGACCUGGGAUGCAGGAGCAGAAUAUGGCUAACCACCAGCAGCACCCCUAUUUCCAUGGGGGUCCACGUCCCAUGGGCCCAAAACCCUGGCCAGAGCAGUCUGGUGGCCCUGGAGGGUACCCCCCACCCCCGAAUAGCCAGUACAGGAUGCCCUGUGGCAUCAGCACCUCCCCGGGGCCCAUGGCCCUGCGGCCUCCCAUGCCUCAUCAGGACUCACGGCAGCGUCUGGCCUCCAUGCUGGAGAGCCCAGAGAUGAUUGCCCUGCAGCAGCUGUCUGCCUCCUCCACCGGACUCCCUGCUGGCUCCUCUCGCCAGCUCAUGGGCAACCUUCAGCAGCAGCCCCCACAGGGAGUUGGCAGCACACCAACUCAAGCUCAGCCCUCGCAGCACCCACCUCCCCCUGAAAUUCAGCUGCUGCGUCCUGCCAGAGACGAUGGCCCAGAUAGCCAGCCUGCCCAUCACGCAGACAUGCAGCCCAAAGAGUCCACAUCAGAUCACAAAACAACCAACAACAACCAUACAGGAACGCGGAUAACCCCCGUCCAGUCUGAACAGGUUCGUCCCACAGAGCCUCCCAGUCGCCCCACUGGGGGCAUGCAGAGCCCCUCGGCUCCAAACUUGGGCAGAUCACAGGAGAGGGGUAGUGGGACCGGGGAGCAGGCUGCGUCUGGGCCGGGACACCCACAGAGCUCAGAGACAACCGGCAACCAGGAGGGGGAGAGAAGAGGACAGUCUGUCUGCCAGACUCCCACUCAACAGAACAACCCUUCCAUUGUUCCUCCUCCACACCCCCACAAUUCACCUCACUCCCAGAACUCUCCGCACUCCCAGAAUGCUCCACAGCAUAUAACCCAGAUCCCCACUCAGCAAAUCCCAGAGAAUGCCCCUCACCCUAAGAACGCCCAUCAACACAUGAUCCAGAAUGCACAGCAACAAAACAUCCUUCAACAUAUCAGUCAGAAAGCCCCACAGCAAGGAUCCCAAAACCCUCAGAACACACCUCCACAUGUGGCUCAGAAUCCCCUUCAACGUGGUCCACAGCCAAGCCCCAUGCAUGGAAUGCCAAAAUGCGCCCCUAAGGGGGCCCAGCCCGGCCCUGGUCCACCACAGCCAGCCCCUUUCACCUCCCUGCCCCCCAGCCACCCUGUGUCCCAGCUGCCUCCCCAGCCCAGCCCAGCCGAUCAUGGAGACCAGAGGCCCAGCGAGCCCACUAGCAGAAGGGAUUCUGGAGGCAGCUCUGGUAACCCCAGCAUGAUGAAGUCUGGACCUCCCAACAGCAUCUAUAAACAACAGUCGUUCAGUCCCAAGGUGCAACAGUUGGGUAACCAGGGCAGUCUGGGGCCAAGGGGGCCAGCACCUGGUCACAUCCCAGCCAUGCCUCCCCACUCUCUGGGCCAGGUUGCUGGGGCCAUGGGCAGCCCAACACAUCCACACUAUGGUCAACCUAUGGGCAGGCCCAUGCCCCCUUCAAAUCGGCAGCCUUACCCAAACCAAGCUAUGCCCCAGACCAUGAACCCCCACCAUAACCCUGCCGGCUACCCCACCUACCACCAGCAAGGAGCUGCCUAUCCAUACCACAUGGCCCAGCAGCAGCAUCUCCAGGGCCACACCAACAUGUACCCCCAGUACCAGCAGCAACACCUAUACCCCCAGCCCCAGGCCAACAGCCUGGGGGGCUACCCACCUGAGGAGUGGCAUAGGCAGCAGCAAUACCAGCCUCGCCACCCCAUGCCCUCCAACACCUACCUACCUGCAGCCAGUGCCAAGGUCAAUGGGUGCCUGAAGGAGGGCAGCAGCAUGGGCUCCCCCCUGGGCUCUGAGGGCUCCGGGGUCAGCCUGAUGUCCCCAAGUCUCCUGCCUGAGGGCCUCCAUGGAGGCUCUGCAGGGAAGGAGAGCAGGGAGGCUGGCAGCCCAAUGAAGCCUCAGCAUGCUCGGGUGGAGGAGAGCUCAGAGCGGCCAGAGAGCCCUAAAGAGAUUCUGGACCUGGACAGCCACAACGCUGCCGCACGCCGCUGGAGUUCCCAGCCCCUGCCUCAAGUGGCCAACUUUCUGUACGACCCCCGAGCAGUGCAUCCUGGGAUGCAGCAGGGCGGGGCUCCACCCCCCCACAUAAUGUCUCGGCCUCCAUACCCUAGCCAGUCUGGCUAUCCUAGUGGACACUACACUCCCCAGAGACCCCACCCCCACCUCAUGGAGGCACUGCAGCGGCCCCAGCACCUGCCCUUUCACCCGGGACAGACCCGCAUGGCCAUUUACAGACACCCCCAGACUGAAGGCCACUUCCAAGGCAUGACGGUCCAGCAGAGAGGCCUGGGUCCUGAACACUUCCUUCACCCAGGGCAGCAGAUGAUGUCUCCCAGUGGUCCCAGCAGUAAACAGGGAGUUUGAGCAACUCUGUGAAAGCAGGGUAAAGGACAAAUGCAACAAAAACCUUUACACAAAUUGGUGCCUGCAUAUCAUCCAUGACGACAACCUGGGUGCUUGUCUGUGUCUCUCCUGUUUUAAGACUUUAAAUGUGACUGCUGUCGGAACCAUGAUGUUAUCUGCUGCGGAGCGGUUCAAAAUGGAGUCUGUCCUCUGUCUGUGUUCGAGGGCACCAGUAAGUAGGGCUCCCACUGCAUCGGACAAGAGAUGUGCAGAGUGAUGCAGGCAAUGGAGACAUCUUUAUUUGAGAAUCUCUUUAGGGAAUGAGUUCUUUGCCCCUGGGGAUGUCUGUCUGCUUUGUGUGGAACCCUCACUGAGACUGCCUCUGCAGAGACAUGGCCCUGUCUGUCUUCAUGCCUGUGGACUCCCAGUCAAGUUCAGACUGUACAGCUGGACCCUCCCUCUAGGCCUGGCCAGCAAGAACAUCUGGAGACCCUGCUUCUCUGUCUGCAGGCUGGUUGGACUCAGAAUUUGGCUGCCUGUGUAAAUGCAGGCUUUAAGUGGUCUAUUGACAUGGUCUGAUUGUGGUGCUCUGUUUGACCUUUUUUAAAUUAUUUUCUCUCACACUGGAUUUGUCGGGGAAAGGCUCUCCCCCUUGUCUAUAGCUCUCUAUGGACCUCCAGCCUGGUCUUCUCAGAGCCUCUCUAUGGACAAAAGGAGCUGGUGUGGUAAGAGGAGAGCACUGGUGUUAUUUUGUGUUUUUUCGUUUUCUUCUCCAAAUGUUUUUAGACUCAGGUGUAGAAAAGGAGGUACUUUGAGACUGUAGAGAAGCCGUCAUCAGAACCCUGUCGACAGACGCACACGCACACACACACACACACACACACACACACACACACACACACACACACACACACACACACACACACACACACACGCCUUGCAGUUGCCUUUGUUUCCUUCAUGUUGAAUGUAUGUGUGAAUGAGUUCGAUAUAUGUAGAUAGAUGAACAGCACAGGAGCCCCGCCAUGUGAAGGGACAGAAGAUGAUGGAGGAUAGCCUGUCGGGGAAAAAGGAAAGCGUUCUGAAAAGGGGAGCUUUCUGUCCAUUUCCACCUUGACUAAAACACAGCUUUUUUUGUUGCUGUUCCGGUGUAAUUUUAUGCAUCCUUCAAAACUGCCUUCACUAUGAGAAUGUAUUUUAUUUCAGACCUGCAGAGAGCCUUCUCUGCUAUGCACUAGGGAUAGUCUACAACUACUGGAAUUUAGUGGCCUUGCAUUCUUUGUUGGUGCUGUUACCGUGUGUGUGUAUAUAUGAAUAUAUAUUAAGAAUAACUCUUCACUGUAGGUGUCCUCUGUCACAAAAACUGGGGUCUUUUGUGGGUUGGUUCACCACACUUCCAUGUGCCCAGCUGGUUGGCAUAUGCACAUACACACAAAGUGAACAAGAGUUAGAAUCAACAAUUGAUGUAUUUGUUUUUCUAUAUUCAUGUCACUCUUCCAACCCAAUUAUUUGUUUCAAUGUCAUGUAUUGCAUUCCAUACAUUUUGUUGAAAAAUGUCACCUAAAAUGGUAAUCCUAUUGUAGCUCAUUUAUUUGUGAUGUUUAUUUUAUUUGGAAGGGUAAAGAUUGUCCACAAUCACACCCAUGUGUGAUUAUUUCUUUACGUCAGUGCUUCCUCCUCCCCAAUUCAAUGAACUUAAUAUGUCCUCAGGGUGUACAGUUCUAUACGGGUAUUUUAAUGAAUUAUUUGAAGGAGAAGCACCACAAGAAAACAUGACUGGAAUAGUGACAAAUUAAUGAACCUAAUUUUGUGACAACUGAUAAACCAAUAUUGUUUUUGCAAGAUUCUGUUAUUUUUGGUCCUCUUUGUGACAAUGGCGGUCUUGCUUACUGUCAACCCAUUUGAUUUCUGUUUGGGUUUUGUUUUUCAUUUUAAUAUUGUAGCUUUUGUCAUUGCCACCAUGCAUCGGCGAGUGAUGCGUCUAUAAACAAUUUAUCUGUGUGAAUUGAAGUCUUCCCCAUCUUAUUAAAUCCAUGUUGCACCUGUGAACCCCACAGGAUAGCGAUGACAACAAAUGAAUCUACCUCAAAGCCAGUCCUCUGGCAUCCACUAUGUCCCUCUACUCAGUCAUUCACUCACUCAGACCCCAGCACACACAUGGCCUUAUACUACUUUGCUACAAAAGCUCAUGACUAUGUAUACUUUUCCCUUCCAUAAGACCUUUGAUUGUAAGGCUACUUGUGUCACUCGGGGGUGUGGUGAAUGAUUGGGCAUGUGUCUGAGGUCGACAGAAUAGGGCUCUUUUUAUAUAUGAUCUCGUCUUACCAGCUGUAUAGAUUGCAUGCCUUCCUGCCACAGGUGACUCUAGACAACCUGAGCCCUGUGCUUCUAUUGGAUACGUGUUAGACAGCAUAGAGCUGGCAGCGUAGUGCCCUCAUUGAUAGACAUCUAUGGCAUUAAAAGGAAAUGUGCUCAAGGAGGGAUGAAUAUCGGAAAAUACUAGCUGUGAGGCAAAAUUUGUCCCACGAUUCUGUACAAGGAUGUAUUGCUGUUUUACUUACUAGGGAAUUUUCAUUUUUAGUAUUAGCUAGAUGAGGUCUUCUCGGAGGUAGUGUGUUCACUUGCGCUGUCCAUGUAUGAAGGACAGCGUAGUUGUAAAUGGUCUGUGAGGUUGUGAUACUGUUAUGCAGCUUUGUUGUCUCUGAUUGUGUUGACUGCACAAGACAUGGAAGUCUGUAUGCCUCUACUCUGCUGUCAUCCAGUUUGUCUGCACUAGUAAAAAUGUCUAGAUUGGAUUAAAUGUGAAUCAUAUUUAUUUGCUCUUUUACAUUUUGUACAUUUUUUUACUUGUUUUUAAUAUACAUGUGAUGUCUGGUUGUUUUAAGCAGUAGACAUUUACCUCCGUAGCAUGGCGGCAUCAAAAAGGCCCCGUAUGUUCCAGUUUUAUGUUCACAAGUUCUUAUGACAUAGAUUAUUUUGGAAAUAGACAACGUAUUUUCUAUACUGUACAUUUCUUAGAAUAAAUUACUUUUCCUGAUUUUAA